CACACACACAUAAAAUUUAUACAUAAAAAAGUGAGAAUCUCUCCUACGUCUCAAUCUUAUUAGCUAGCUAGCUUUAUUUCUCUCUCUCAUCUCCCUCUCUCUCUUCUUUCCCAUUCACAAAGAAAAAGCAAAGAAAAGAAGAGAGAAGAGGGUUCUUGUAUAAACUAAGCCCUUCUGUUUGUAUAUGUAUAUGUGUAUGUAUAUUUGUGUUUUUUUGUCAAGUGAGCAAAUUUAAGAAGAGGGUUUCUUGGGUUAGUUGGUGGAGAAAAAGAAGAUGAUGGUUGCUAACAGUUUUGAUCUAUGGCAAAAAGAUGCCUUUUUUACAGCAGCUGAGGAAGUUCAACAGUCUGCUGAUAUAAUGGAGUCAGCUUAUAGAAAUUGGGCAAGACAGAGAAGAGAAGGAUUGGCACCCAAGGAUUUAAAUGAGCUAUGUAGGGAGCUUCAAACUGCUUUUGGUACUGCAAAAUGGCAGUUGGAGGAGUUCGAAAAAGCGGUAAAAGUGAGCUAUGGAAACCGUGCUGCUGAUGAUUUAACAAGAGACAGACAUAGACAAUUUGUAAAUGCCAUUAAAAAUCAAAUUGCUCAUGUAGAAGCGGAACUGGAGAAAUCUCAUAUCGAGGAAGGGAAGCAACCCUUGCGAUGGGUGAAUCUCGAUGAAGAAGAACGUGAUGACUUAGCCAUGUUUCUCUCAGGAACUCGCAAAAGCUUAGAAAGUCUAGAUGAUCGAUAUGAUGCCAAGUUGGGCACAAAUCUGAAAUGUUUGCCUUCUGAAAAACAGUGUAUUGAACAAAUUGCAGAUCUACGUCUAAAUUUUGACUCCAAAGGAGAUCUUCAAAGACAAAAAAAGGGUUUAAAAUAUGUUAAUACUAACAUGGAUGAUAGUUAUGUCAUAGAAGUAGCAACAAAUGAAUCUCCUGAAACAAGUGAUAGUUCAUGCAGUCAAGCUGACAGAAAAGUUGGUACAAGGAGAAAUUGGAGUACACCAAAUUUUGGUUCGCUGAGUAUUACAAUUGAUGCUACGAAUGAUGCAAAGAAUGUGCUGAUGUCAAGCGUUGACGCUACACCAAAAGAGAAGGGCACGAAACCUAUCUUUUGGAAGCCAACAAUUGGUGAUCAAUUUCAAGCAAUGAGAGGAAUAAAUAGAAUUAAUCAGCUUUUUAGAUUAGUUCUUGGAAGACAAAGACAACUACAAACCUUAGUGUUGCAAAGAAAUCGUUCUUUUCAACUUAUACUUGCAUUAAUGAUAGCUGCUCUUUUGAUUGUGCCUUUUGCAUUCUAUUCGACUUAGCAGUUUUUCUUCUAUCGGUCUUCACCAUAAUAAGAGAUUAUGCAAGAUUGUGGAGCAGUGUUAAUGAAGAGAUCUGUAAACAUGGGGUUCUAAAUGAGAACCAUUACAUACAGCUCAAGUUUUAAUUGACUUCUAAAGGAACAUUGUAAUGAGAAGUUUUAUAUAGAAUGAUGUGCUAGUUACAAAGGAUUGAUAGCAAGCUUCCAAAGUACAUUUGAUGACUCUACACCAAAUUUAAUUUAGUGGACAUUGUACUUAUUGAGGAACAGAGGAUUGUGUAUAAAUUACCAUUGUGGUUGCCCUUUGUAUACUUCUCCAGUCUUGCAAAGUACGAAAAUGAUUUAUCCAACAUAAACUUGGUUGGCAACUAUGUUGUCUUUGUUUGUUGCUGUUUCGAUUUUCAAAUCUAGUCUCUUUUGUUUGUA